AUGGUACCAAGCACACAAUUGGAACAGUUGAAGCCACUCCUUCCAGAGACUUGAUCAAAAUGUUUUCUUUUUCAGGUAAUUUGAAUUAUAUGAUUUUUCUUUAGACAAGGCAGUAUUGCUGGUUUGGUUGUGUUUUCCCUUGUGAAUGUGUGAUGAUACAGAGUGGCCACUAGAUGACAAUAGAUUCUGUGCUCCUCAACUGGGUUUAUCUUUCCCAGGAGCAUUACCGUAAUCUGGAUUGGUGAUUAGACUGAGAAAGCCACAGGCAUCGAGUAAGAAAGCAAGUGUUUAAGGCACAACUAAUUCGAAAUUUUCUCUUACCAUUAGGCAAAACGUGAACAUAAAGAAUUAGGCAGGAUUGAAACCCUGCAGUCCUCAGCAGUUCUAAACAAACACAGCCAGAGCUUCAUGGGUAUGAUCACAAAUCUCUUGCCUGUCUAUUAGAAGGGUGAGAAGAUAAGAGCGGUUAGAGGGACGACAGCUGUCAGUCUGCUGCACAAUAUGCUUGCUGCCUAUGGAUAACUGUGAAGGACACCCUUUCUUCUGCUUUGGAAAGUUAUCUUCACAGGAUUUCAGCUGUAUUCUGUCCAAAAGCAGUUCCUCCAGUUUUGAUAUGAAAGUCCUAGAAAACCUGUCCUGGUGGAUCUGUGCCACAGUCUGCUGUUGAUUCUGAUCAUGAGGGAGCAACAAAAACCAUCAGUGAUAUGUUAAUACCACGGACGUUUUGGAAGCUCAAUACUGUUUUUUUUUCUCCCUUUGGGGGACGCCGGUCUCCCUUGAGUGAGCAGGAUUCAUGUGAGGUACAGGAAAUGCACUAGCCUCAUACUGGCCUGCUCCAAACUCUGAAAAAGAUCUGAAUGCUCCAAUAAGACUGACAGUGUUGAGCCUGUGCUGCACAGGCGGAUGUUUCUGUGUUGUGAGCGGCAAAGAAAAGCGCAGCCUUGGAUCCGCAGUGGAACCACAGUCCGCCCGGGUACCCAGCCUUUGGGCCGGAGAUGCUCCAAACCAGCAAUUACUCCCUGGUUUUAUUCAUUCAGCUUAGCCUGCUCUCAUUUGACCUUUUCGUCAACUCCUUCAGCGAACUUCUGAGGAACGAGCCGGCAGUCCAGUUGGUGCUUUUCAUCAUCCAAGACAUUUCCAUCUUGUUCAACAUGAUCAUCGUCCUGUUGAUGCUCUUCAACACUUACGUGUUCCAGGUUGGCUUGGUCGCCAUUCUACUGGAACGCUUCAGAGCCCUUAUACUGCUCUCUGCCCUUUACCUGACCUUCAGCAUCAUACUCCAUUCUUGGCUUAUGAACCUGCGCUGGCUCAACAUGAACGUAUUUAUUUGGACGGAUGGUCUUCAGGUUCUGUUUGUGCUGCAAAGAUCUGCCUCUGUGUUGUACUUCUACCUGUACAAGAGAACCUCUGAGUAUCUGGGUGAUCCUCGCCUCUAUGAAGAUUCCCUGUGGCUCCGAGACGCCUUUGCCCGGAUCAGGCAGUGAACUUUUUGCAGAAAUUCUUUUUUUUUCAUGGGUUGAAACCGUUUAAAAAAUGACUAGGUCCAUUUUUUU